AUGCUGCAUUUUUUUAAAACAGGGCACUGCUAAUAUUAGCUGAAGUCAAUCUUUAUUGUCUCUUAUAUUUUUUCAUAAUAUCACAGGUCAUGGAAGAUUUGUGGAUUUUCGAUCUCUCUUCUUCUCAUCAACAUGGCAGCUAUAAUGGAGCGUGCGGAUGAGAAUCUUCUUCCUUCUGUUUAUAAAGAAGUUAGUGAAGCCUUCAAAGUUGGUCCUACUGAUCUAGGGUAUCUUACAUUCAUUAGGAAUUUUGUGCAAGCAUUAGCUUCUCCCUUGGCUGGUGUACUCGUUCUCCACUAUGACCGCCCCACGGUUCUGGCAAUGGGCACCGUGUGUUGGGGCUUAUCUACAGCUGCCGUGGGUGUGAGUCAACGCUUUGGAGAGGUGGCAUUCUGGAGGGCAGUUAAUGGAUUUGGACUGGCGAUUGUGAUUCCAGCUCUUCAGUCUUUCAUUGCCGAUAGUUAUCUCGAUGGUGCCAGAGGUACUGGCUUUGGGUUAUUGAGCUUUGUGGGCAACGUUGGUGGCAUAGGGGGUGGUGUUUUGGCGACAGUCAUGGCUGGACAAGACUUUUGGGGCCUGCCCGGAUGGCGUUGCGCGUUCAUCCUUAUGGCAUUGUCGAGUUUACUGAUUGGAUUCCUCGUCUUCAUGUUUGUUGUUGACCCAAGAAAAGCACAAAUCGCUAAGAGCGGUAUGAAGCGUCUUGAGAGGUACCGAUCAUCAAAACUCCCUUAUAUAAAGCCCAUCUCAUACUCUGGUUUUCAAUCUCUGAUACAGGUGGGAAGAUCCACCCGCUUGAUAUCAAGUAGUAUUCGAGGAGAAAGAAAGCAGUUUGAUCUGUCUUUCUCAUGAUUCUGUGCACUGAUUGCAGUCAAGAUUGUAUUCUGCAUUAUAUAAAAUAAUUCGGACCAUGACUUUCAUAGCUUGAUGAUUUCAUCCGAUUGUUGCUCAUUCAGCAUACUCAAAUGCCAUUAAUCAAUAUUCUCUGCUAUAGUUUAUGUGGGUUCAUUUACCCAAGGUGGUGAUCGUCGGAUGCUCACAUGCCCUAUUCAUCUACCAAAUUUAAGGCAUGCUCAUCUGUUUCCUUUCCAGGGAUCAGCUGGUUCGGAAGGGAGGUCCCUUCUUAUCCUCAGCGUGGAGUGAUUCCUGGGUAGCAAUGAAAUCUGUAAUGAAGGUGCGGACAUUUCAGAUAAUUGCCUUGCAGGGGGUCGUCGGUUCAUUUCCAUGGACGGCCAUGGUUUUCUUGACAAUGUGGUUCGAACUUAUUGGUAAGUGAAUUCUGAUUAUCUCUCCAUGGAUCAUUAUCAGUUAUUUAUAUAACUCGAUUGAAGAUGGGUCAUCGAAGUCUGUUUGACUCUCUGCAGGAUUCGAUCAUAAAAGCUCCGCCGCCUUGAUCAGCCUGCUGGCCACCGGAUGCGCCGUCGGCUCCUUCUUCGGCGGGUUCCUGGGGGACCGGAUAUCUCGAGUCUACCCGCACGCUGGCCGCGUUAUGUGCGCCCAGUUCAGCGUCUUCAUCGGCAUCCCGUUCUCAUGGUUCCUGCUCACGGUGAUUCCCCAGACUGAGGCGAGCUGGAGCACCUUCGCCUUAACGCUGCUCCUUAUGGGCCUCACCAUCAGCUGGUGCGGUUCCUGCGCCAACAACCCCAUGUUCGCCGAGGUGGUGCCGGCGAGGCAGCGGACGAUGAUUUACGCCUUUGACCGCGCCAUCGAAGGCUCCUUUUCUUCCCUGGCUGCUCCCGCUGUGGGGAUCCUGUCGGAGAGGAUCUACGGAUAUGGGUCAACGCCGGGGGGUCGAGCGGCGGCCCUGUCCAAAGGGCUCCUGUCGACGAUGGCGGUGCCUUGGUUCCUCUGCUGCCUCCUCUAUAGUCCACUGUACGUCACCUACGAGAGGGACCAAGCCGCCGCUAAGCAUGCGAGCAUGGAGGAAGAACUCAAGCCCCUCGUCGCCUCAUAG